AGAGCUUCUGGACAGGUCGGAACCAGACCGGAUCCCAAGAGCACAUCCCGUGUCUGGAGMGGCGUGAGGGGCCUGGCCUGGCCGGUGCCAAAGAUGUUCCCUCAAAACCGUCCCCCGGCCCACCUGCAGGCCCCCUCCRCGGCCGCGGGAGCCGCCGUGGCCGCCAGCGCCAUCCCCGCCGCCUCGCAGGCCCUCAAGCUGACUUACCCGGAGACCCUGGACCGCAUCAAGGAGGAAUUCCAGUUCCUGCAGAAUCAGUACCACAGCUUGAAGUUAGAAUGUGAAAAGCUGGCAACGGAAAAAACAGAAAUCCAGCGUCAUUAUGUCAUGUACUACGAGAUGUCCUACGGCCUCAACAUCGAGAUGCACAAGCAGACCGAGAUCGCCAAGCGGCUCAACGUGAUCUGCGCCCAGCUCAUCCCGUUCCUGUCUCAGGAGCACCAGCAGCAGGUGGUCCAGGCCGUGGAGCGGGCGAAGCAGGUGACUAUGACCGACCUGAACGCGGCGAUUGGGCACCAGCUCCAGGCGCAGCACCUCCCGCACCACGCGCCCCCCAUCCCGCUGACCCCCCACCCYGCAGGGCUGCAGCCCCCCGGCCUGGCCGGCCUGGCCGGCGCCUCGGGGCUGCUGGCGCUGUCGGGGGCACUGGGGGCGCAGGCGCAGCUCCUGGCCAAGGACGAGCGGGGUGGCCACGAYGCCGAGCACAGAGGUGAGCGGGGCCCUGCAAGGAGCUCCCUGGUGCUGCCCAACGGGGACCGUGCGCGGGCCAUCGCCGACUACCUGAGCAGCAGCAAGAAGAGGAAGGUGGAGGACAAGGACUUCGGCACCGACUACGGCAGCGACGCGGACAAGAGCGAGGACAACCUGGUGGUGGAUGAGGACCCCGCGUCYCCGCGCAGCGUCCACUCCUACUCCUCGCGGGAGAACGGGGCAGAGAAGGCGGCGCCGGGGAGGAAGGAGGCGGCGCCGCCCAGCCCCACRUCCCUGGCGUCGUCCAGCAGCGCGUCGCCGUCGCGCGGCCGCGACACGGCGGACAAGUCCAGCACCCCCAGCCUCAAGCCCGGCACCCCCACGUCGCAGGACGCGGCCCUCGGGGCCAGCAGCGCCGCCCCCCAGUUCCGCGCUGCGCCCAAAGCGCUGGAGCCCAUCGUAAGGGAUUGA